UGUUGUCGAGCUGUUGUACGUGUCUCUCUGUCUCAGAGUACAUGCAGUAAAAUGGCAGAAGCCAGUAUUUCAUGGGCUCAUGAGCAGUUCUGCUGUUCUAUCUGUCUGGAUCUCCUGAAGGAUCCAGUGACCAUUAACUGUGGACACAGUUACUGUAUGAACUGUAUUACAGACUGCUGGAAUCAGGAUGAUCUGAAGGGAGUCUACAGCUGCCCUCAGUGCAGACAAACCUUCACCACAAGACCUGCUUUAGGGAAGAAUGUGGUGUUUGCUGAAAUGGUGGAGAAACUGAAGAAGACGAAACUCCAAACUGCUGUUUCUCCUCACUGUUACGCUGGAGCUGGAGAUGUGGAGUGUGACGUCUGUACUGGAAGAAAACACAAAGCUGUCAAGUCCUGUCUGGAGUGUCUGAACUCUUACUGUCAAGAUCAUCUUGAACAACAUGAGAAUCUCUUUCGAAAUAAGAGACACAGUCUGAUGGAUGCUACCGGACGACUCCAGGAGAUGAUCUGCGGUCAACACAAUAAGCUUCUGGAGGUGUUUUGUCGCACUGAUCAGAAGUGUAUCUGUGUGCUGUGCCCGAUGGAUGAUCACAAAAACCACGACACUGUAUCAGCUGCUGCCGAGAGGACUAAGAAACAGAGUCACUUGGAGGAGAGACAGAAGAAAUCCCAACAGAGAAUCCAGGAGAGCGAGAAAAAGAUGGAGGAGUUGAGAAGAGCUGUGGAGUCUCACAAGCGCUCUGCACAGACAGCAGUGGAGGACAGUGAGAGGAUCUUUACUGAACUCAUGCGCUCCAUUGAGAGAAGACGCUCUGAGGUGACACAGCUGAUCAGAGAUCAGGAAAAGGCUGCAGUGAGUCGAGCUGAAGGACUCUUGGAGCGUCUGGAGCAGGAGAUUGCUGAUCUGAGGAGGAGAGACACUGAGCUGGAGCAGCUUUCACAUACACAUGAUCACAUCCACUUCCUGCAGAGUUUUCAGUCUUUCUCUGCAGGAUCUCCAGUCUUACCCAACAUCACUGUCAGUUCUCUUCUGACUUUUGAUGAGGUGAUCAAAUCUGUCUCUCAACUCAAACAACAACUGGAGGAUUUCUGUGGAGAACACAUGGAAAAGAUAUCUGACAGAGUCACAGACAUUACAAUUAUUCCUACUGAUGAACCCAAGACCAGGAAUGAAUUUCUACAAUAUUUCCGUCAGCUCACAGUGGAUCUAAACACAGUGAAUAAACGUCUCCGUCUGUCUGAAGAGAACAGAGUGAUUACUCGCACUGACACACUCCAGCAGUAUCCUGAUCAUCCAGAUAGAUUUGAUUUUUAUCUUCAGGUGUUGUGUAGAGAGAGUGUGUGUGGACGCUGUUACUGGGAGAUCGAGUGGAGUGGGAGUGAUGGUGUGUAUAUAUCAGUGUCAUAUAAGAGCAUCAGCAGGAAGGGAGGGGGUUAUGAGUGUGUGUUUGGACAUAAUGAUCAGUCCUGGAGUUUGUUCUGCAAUAACUCCAGUUACUCAUUCAUUCACAAUAAAAUAAAGACUGUUCUCUCUGUCCCCUCCAGCUGUUGUAGAAUAGGAGUGUAUGUGGAUCACAGUGCAGGAACUCUGUCCUUCUACAGCGUCUCUGACACACUGACCCUCAUCCACAGACUCCACACCACAUUCACUCAACCUCUAUAUCCUGGGUUUUAUAUUUAUUAUAGGGGAUCAUCAGUGAAACUGUGUGAUGGAACAAUGUGAUACAAAGAUUGUACAAAAGUCUGCGACUGCACAUUAUGUGACCGUUGACCAGAUGUGAUGUAUUUCAAUCAAACGUUUGUACGUGAAGUGAGAAAUAUCAAUUAUUUUUUGUCCACUUUUAUUUUCUGUAGAAUAGACGACCAUGAAUAAUGUAAUAAAUAUAAGUAAUUAUUCACAUUGCUGAACUCAGAACUCUUCGGCAACCCUUGAUACG